AUUGUCAUUGGACGUAGGCUAAGACGGAAGCCCAAAUAUGGAGUGCUGGUGUAUUAGUGGGAAUACAGCACUGUGGAUACCAGGAAUUGAACAUCUGUCUGAAAACAUGACGACGAGUCUGGAUAACCAGUGUCAAUUCAGUUCUGUGGGUUGUUGUGGUGGGCUCUACUCUCGACGCCCAAUUUCAGGCGUAUAGGUGCACCCAAAAACAGGCAGACCCCAACACCAUCGCCUAGCCUAUACAUGAAUGAAAGUAAGCGAAAUUAGUGCAUAGAAUGAUGACAUGGGCUAUAUGCGUUUCGGUGAUAUCGUUCUAUGUUUAGGAUAUUUUCUUUUUUUGAUAACACAUUGAUAUCUAGCCUAAGCAUCGGGUUUGUCCGCGGUUACAGUAGCCAUGGCUAUGCCAUUUUCUCAAUAAAAUGGGCUACUGUAUCUAGCUAGACGACCGUUUCUCCAAUAGCUUGUACUAUCAUCACAACGACGUUUAUAGCCUCCCGAAAUCAUACAGUCGACCUUUGUGGAUGCAGAUAAAAUGGUGAUAUCGAGCGAAUAGAGCAUCAGCCACAGCCUACACGACAAGCGUCGGGUUCGGUUUAAGGCUCCCAAUGCUGAACAUGUCCACUCCCACUGACCUCAAGUCUCCUUGCGUAACGCGGAACGGCAUGGUCAAGCUGCCCCCCCAGCCCAAUGGCCUAGGCUCUGCCAGUAUCACCAAAGGGACCCCCGCUGCCAAGAACCGCCUGUGCCAGUCCUCCUCAGUACCCACCAUCCUGCCUCCACCCAGCCUGCCCUACCACCUGGAGCCCCUGCCCACGGCAGCCUCGCUGCUGGGACCAGACCUGGACACUAGCCCCCUAACGGCCAUGAAGCCCCCGUUGCGGCAGUUCCCCAAGCCCCUGAUGGAGCGGCAGCUGGUGCUGGACGAGAAGGUGCUCAACCGGCUACUGUGGUACUUCACCACGGCCGAGAAGUGCAUCUUGGCCCAGGUGUGCAAGACGUGGCGGAAAGUGCUCUACCAGCCUAAGUUCUGGGAAGGUGUGACGCCCAUCCUGCACGCCAAGGAACUGUACACACUCCUGCCCAACGGGGAGAAGGAGUUUGUCAGCUUGCAGGCAUUUGCGCUGCGGGGUUUCCAGUCCUUUUGUUUGGUGGGGGUCUCCGACUUGGACAUUUGUGAGUUCAUCGACAACUAUCCCCUGUCGAAGAAAGGUGUUAAGUCUGUCAGCCUGAAGAGGUCAACCAUCACGGACGCAGGACUCGAGGUGAUGUUAGAACAGAUGCAAGGCCUGAUGCACCUGGAGCUGUCGGGCUGUAAUGACUUCACUGAGGCGGGCCUGUGGUCGAGCCUGAACGCGCGGCUCACCUCGCUCAGUGUCAGCGACUGCAUCAAUGUGGCGGACGAUGCCAUCGCCGCCAUCUCUCAGCUGCUGCCCAACCUGUCCGAGUUGAGCCUGCAGGCCUACCACGUCACCGACACGGCCAUGGCCUACUUCACCGCCAAGCAGGGCUACACCACCCACACACUGCGACUGCACUCCUGCUGGGAGAUCACCAACCACGGCGUAGUCAACAUGGUGCACAGCCUGCCAAAUCUGACCGCACUGAGCCUGUCCGGCUGCUCCAAGAUCACGGACGAUGGUGUGGAGCUGGUGGCCGAGAACCUGCGCAAGCUGCGCAGCUUGGACCUGAGCUGGUGUCCGCGCAUCACCGACAUGGCGCUCGAGUACAUCGCCUGCGACCUGCACAAGCUGGAGGAGCUCGUGCUGGACCGGUGUGUGCGGAUCACUGACACUGGAUUAGGCUACUUGUCCACCAUGUCUUCUCUUCGAAGCCUUUACCUGCGUUGGUGCUGUCAGGUUCAGGAUUUUGGCUUACAGCAUCUCUUUGGUAUGAGAAGCCUGAGGCUGCUCUCUCUAGCCGGCUGCCCCCUGCUGACCACUAAUGGCCUCUCAGGUCUGAUCCAGCUGCAGGACCUGGAGGAGCUGGAGCUGACCAACUGUCCGGGGGCCACGGCCGAGCUCUUCAAGUACUACUCCCAGCACCUGCCCCGCUGCAUGGUCAUCGAGUAGCCACCGGGGGGCGCCGGAGUGCCGGAGAGGCAGCACACCACCAUAUCACCAAACUCCUUCUCCUUCAGUUUGAAAGAAAAUUUAAAAAACGACAAGACGACUUAAACUGAACUUCAUCCAGGACCCUAGGGGGCAGUGAGAAAAAAAAAAGGGAAUGCGAAAACAAGCGAGGGUCUUGCGUUGACUGAUGGAAGCGUGCACAGAGAAAUGACGGGACAGAGAUGCAGACAAGACAAGACGAGACAAGGAGUGGGGAAAAAGCAAUGGCCUCAACAGACAUGCGCAAAAGGGAUGCUGUGUGUAUAGAACAUGUGACAAUUCGUUCCUGAGUCUAGAUUUUCAUUUCGACCACUGGAUAGACACGCAGGCGUUACAUGCUCACACAGGCAUUAUACACUCAAACACAUUAACGUCAGCUGAAAUAACACGAAAUGCCAACAACAAUAAUACACACAUGUGAACUCCAUGGAACUCUUGAGUCCUAACUUUGGUGUUCCACCAUCUGAUGUUUUUUUUCCCUUUUUCUCUUGAAGCCAGCAGGUACUACAUGAUCUGCUUAUGCUAUCUUUCAUAAUUCCAUGAGAGAAAGAGUGAAUGACGAAGAAGGAGAAGAGAGUUGUAGAAGAGAGAGAAAGAGUGUGUGAGAGGAAUCGAUUGCUCUCAAUUCAUGUGCCCCUUUCACCUGGACACCUCCUUUCCAUUUUUGUGUCUUACCAGAAAAACAAAAAAAACAACAACUUCAAAACUUAAAAAAUAAGAACUUCAGACAAAAGGAACCGCUAUGUAGAUUUUCUGCGUCAGAGCUGCACGCUUACACCGCUUCUUGUCAUGCAAACCUUUUUUGCUGUUACUCUCUUUUUUAAAUAUUAUUUUUUUAAGUAUUAUUUUUUGAUGCUGAUAUUUGAAAUUAAGAAAAAUGAUGAAGAUGAUGUUGGAACUGUGUUUGAAGAUUACUGUGAAACCUUUCACCGUUAAGGGUUUGGACUAGAGAGAGAUAUCACGCCCCUGAGGUACAAUGAUGGUUUCAAGCAGAGUGGACACUACCGUGCUUCGGUGACAACCCAGCAGCAUUGCGACGACUGUCUGCAAGCACCGCUCGCGUCCUGAGGACCUGUUAGCCUGAAUAAACAAAACACAUUUUUAGUGCAGAUGUACCUAGAACAGCCCCACAAAACUGUGCGGCUUGGGUGGAUUUUUUUUUCCCGAUUUUGCGAGGGUUCAAAAGGGACUGUGCUGUACAUACACUAGAUAUUAUGUUGAGCUUGGCCUUUUAAUGACACACAAAAAAAAUUAGUUUUCAUUCCAGUUUUGUUUCGGUGUCAAUUUAAUUAGUGGCUUGUGUGCAGGUCUCAAUAUUUCAAAUGGAAAUGAAAGUGCAGAACUGUGUCGUAGCUUUACUUUUCUUUGGUGUCGGGCUGCUGCUACUGGUCCACCACAAAGUCAGACCGAGCGGUCAGCCUGAGAGAGUAUUGUCUAGAGAUCAGGAUGAAACACAUUGAGCUGUGUGUAGCAGCAUCCCACUCCGAAACAUCUUCACCACAGCUUUUGACAUCAGUAUAGACACACACUAGGACACACACACACACACACACACACACACACACACAAAAAAAUGACAAAGAAAUAAAAAAAAUUAUCAAUUUACUUUAACCCAAGACAAUUAGAUAUGUUUGCAUUUGUAAUUGUAUUGGCAUGUGUAAGAAUUAGCUGGUCUUAUUUAACAUCAUGUGGUGUAGGACGUGAAUGUGAACCAGAGUGCAGACAGCUCCGUCAGGCUUACCUGAUCUCCUCAUUCUUAGCCCUGGAUCAAACCAAACGCAAAUUUCCCUUACUACUGAGCAUGCUCCCCCAAGAUGAUGUUUAUCAUCUCUCUGUGCACUCCUUUCGGGCAUUCGGGGAUCCAGAGGUGGGAUCCAGAAGUCCACAUGCCCAAUCCGCCUCCCACUUCUCCGUUCAAAAUUAAGCGUAGUUUACGGUUGUCCCGCCACGUCACCCUGUGCCGUUAUGGUCCCAGUGGUGGAUACAGAGGCGGUGUUGGACCUGGAGAGCUCCGCUGUUUUCAACCGAGCAUUAGUGUGUACAGUACAGGCCCUACGCCUGAGCAGCAGACGACCCUUGAAAUACUACAGUGCAUCUUACGACAGACACUCCACAUCCAGUCACCCUCCCAAGGGGCAGCCCUCCCCCCAAGAGUCUUCAGAGUGAAUGUUGUUUACACGUGGCCCUAGGAGCUGUAUCCCCAGGAGUAUGCUACCUUCUACCGGCUCCCAAUUUGACAAAAACUCGCCUGUAGCCGCAGAGAGCAAAUAUUAUUUUAAUCUGUCCUCGACUAGGGCUAUAAGAUCCCACCUAGCACUUGUAUAAAUAACAUUGUUGACUGAACAUGAUUCUCUGAAGUGUUUGAAUGGUCAGCCUCUUGCUGCUUUAUAUUCUGUCGUAUGCUCAGGCAUUGAGACAUGCGAUACUCUGAAGGCUUGUCGGUGUGUGGGAGAGUGCCAUGACCCAGGGUUUUUUAUGCCAUUUCAAAACCCACUCCCACACUUCACUCCACUGCUCCAUAGCCUACAACUGCAAGGUACACAUUUUCUUGGUGCACAUGUGUCAUUUGAAGACUUUAUUUAUUGAUGGGCUGAGUGAAUCGCACUCUCAUUUUUGAACUUGUUUGCUUAGAGAACUGCGUGGGGCAGUUUGAUUGGGUUGAACUUGUGUGUCUGUGUGCGUGCGUGUAUGUGUGUGUGUGUGUGUGUGUGAGAGUAUUUAUUUAUUUAUUGAAAAACCUAAAGCAGACUGCAGAGGAGUGUUGAAAGUUUGACCUCCACUCCGUUUGGUGCGCUGAGCUACGUUAGAGCCUUUGUCAGGAUCCGAUGAUCAGGUUCAGACAGGACAGAGCAGGGAAUGUCCAGCCGAUCCCCGCGAUUGGCUGGUAUAGUUGUGCGUGUAUCUUUUGUGUUUUGUGUUUGUUUGUUUGUUUUCGCUUUGCCAUCCCGUCAGUUGGUUGGAGCCAUUUUUUUUUUAUAACGAUUUUUUGCCGAGCUCGUGCUGUUUGUUUUUGUGGCCCAUGGUUCUGGUAGGCCCUUUGCUGAUGGCCCGUCCAUGGAGAAGAAUGAGGCCAGCGUGCGAGUCACUCCCACUGGCCCAUAACUGACCCCAUGUUUUCAUGACUCUGCCGUUGUUCUUUUGCCCAUCCAUGCCCUUUUUCGCCUUUUUCUUUUGGAUCGUUCUAGAGUAAACCAGUAAGCAUGUUUUACAGGUUGCUAUUCUAAAUUGAUGUUUACCUCUAUCAUUCUUUCUCUCUCUUUCUGUUUUUAUAUGUUGCAAUCCAUUGUCUGGAUACAGCUAGUUGAUGAUGGGAAGUUAAGGUCAUCAUGGUGCUACUAGCAGACCCCCCCUGGGUUCUACAUCACAUGCUGAGAGCCGUUGCUGUGCCAUACCAAGACGUUCGGUGGGCUUGACCUCUAUGACCUUGUGUGCUGUCGCAGCCAAGCUGAGACUCGUUAAACAGAGAAACAUGUUGCAGUAUUUGCAAUUACUGAGUCUCAUUUUGCUUUUUUUUUUAAAACUUUAUUGGAAAAAAAGGGAAACAGGCUUGGCUUAUGAAGCGCAGUUUAACCUGAAACACAUGCAGUCCUGGAGUCCAUUUCUCUCCCUUUUAUUCAGUACAUGACAAAGUUUUUUAAAAAGCAGAGAAACUAUACAUGCUGUAUGAAUUAUGUGUCACUGAGACCAUGCAUAGUAUUUGAGGUUAACAUAACAAAUAACUAUAUACACCUUUUGAAAUGUAUUGUUUGUGUAUAAAAAAAUAUAGAAUUUUCACUGGGAACCAAUAACUGUUCCUGCUUUGUGGGGAAUGUGUGUGAACCUUCACCAGUGUGGCAGAACAUAAAAUAAAUAAAUAAAUAAAUAAAUAAUCAUUUGUAAGGGUCCUCAAAGUACGUCAGAAGCGAUUCCCCUGGACGUUGAGCCCAGGGAUAAGGUGUGCAUACAUGUACUGUAACCCAGAAGUCAGGGAUGGGGAGAUCUCCCCGUCAUAUCUGGCUGUAUUCCUGCAUGAGUUGAUCAGUUUCCUUGUCACUGGAAAUGCAGCAGAACAGAGUUACGAAGUGAAUGCAAAACAAAGCAAACAAAAAAAUAAUCAAAGAGUGGCUGUCUUAAAAGGGAUGAGAAGAUAUGCAAGAGGUUACUAGUUUGUCUUAUAAACAGAGUUACGUAUUGAUGAUGACAAGAGAUGCCUUCUACAGAGGCUCCAAUGCUGACAAAUGACUGGUUUUCAUCAAUGCAAGUUGGCAUCAGUGAUUUUUCCAUAUGAGGAUGGCUUCAGGUCUUUGUGUGUUUCUAUGCGAGCAUGGGGACAUGCUAUAUCAGUUUUCCCUCCUCUACUACAGGAAGUGGGUCUAGCGGGGGACCAUUUGGGAGCCAUUUGAUUCUGCAGACAUCUGCCCUCAGUGGCUUUCCGAUGACAAAUCUGUUUGUGUGGCCCUAAAGUGAUGGUGGCUUUUGCAGAACUAAUUCACAGACAGGUCUUCAGAAUGAUCGAGGAUUUUUACAGACUAAGUUCACAUAAAAAAUGGAUUUCUCAUUUUAAAGCCACUCCCACACCACAGCAAACCACUCCACCCCACCCCUCCCCGAACCCCUCACCACCACCGUCACCGCAGUGAGCAACACAGCCAGCUGUCUGGUAAUGAAACUCUUUAUGAGAUUACCACAUCCACUCCAUUCGCCAUCUCCAUCCACUUCUCCACCAAAGCCAUCGAGAGCUCAGACCUGCAGGGCCUCUCAGCUGCCCGAAGGCUGUUCUGGAAUCAGCCCUCGUAAGACAACCCCCCCCCCCACCCCACCCCACCCCACCCCCCUGAGUCAUUUCCAAAGAUGGGACUCACUAUAAGAGAGCGGUUUCACCCUGUGAGAGGAACAUUAGUGUAUUUUUGUCAUGGAUGACUAAAAUUCUUUUUUUUUAAACAACCCGGGUAUGUAAUUAUACACUUGAUACUAAAUCAUAUUAAUAGCGCUUUAACCUUUCACAGACGGGUCAGUUUGGGAGUUGUUGUCAUGGAAACGCAUAGCUAGGAAUGCCUGGUUGAGUGACUGUGGUUUGACAGGCUAAUAACUUAAGAAAUUGUGUCUCUGCAUAAUGCUUACCAUCUCUCAACUGUUAUCGUUUUUAUUUGAAUGAUUCUUUUGAAAAUGUUUUUGGAUUUCACAGUUGUGACAUACCAGUCAUGACUUUGGGCUGUUUUUACUUUUGGAUUUUUUGUUUUUAUUUGCUGUAAAUAAUUCUGUGGUGAUUCAUUUUGACAGAGGGAUAUAACAGAGGACUUUCUAUUUGCUCCAUCCCAUGGCUGCAGUGCCUUGUCAGACGAGCGUUGUUGUUUUGAAAUGGUUCGGUUCCAGUCUGCACUGUUUUAGUAAAAGUUGUACAAAAGUAUGAA